AUGGAAUGGAUCAAGAUCAGAAAUGAUAAUAAUGAUAAUAAAUUUUAUAACAAGUAUUAUCAAACAAACAUGAAUUUACUGGAUUCUUGGUUGGAUAAAUUGGAAAUUGAAAAUAGUAGUAGACAUGAUAACAGAUCUUCAAUAGAAUAUCGUCUCAAUUCAUGGCUAAACAAAAUAUUAGAUCACCCUAUAAUAAAUAAAAUUGUUUGCAUCACUUCUGGAGGUACUAUUGUUCCUUUAGAAACAAAUAUGGUUAGGUAUAUUGAUAAUUUCAGUACAGGUUUAAGAGGUGCACUUUCUGCCGAAUAUUUUCUACGCUCAAAUUAUGCUGUAUUAUAUUUUCAUCGUAAAGGUUCUUUACUACCAUUUUUACAUCGUUUAACCAAUCAACAACAAAAUUAUCACCGAGAAGAAGAAAAAGAACAACAACAAAAGUGUACCAAAGAGGUGGAUUCAAACAAAUUAACUAAUACUACUACUACUACUACUACUACUACUACUACUACUACUACUAAUAAUAAUAAUAAUAAUAAUAAUAAUAAUAAUAAUAAUAAUAGUAACCAAAAUAACAUCGAAAUAUUUAAUUGGUUCAUGUUUAAUCCACAAGAUAAUAAAUUACAAUUGAAAGAGAAUUCUGUACAGUUUUUAAGUUCAAUAUUCAAUGAAUAUACUAUGUAUGGUCAGUACUUAUUUACACUAGAUUUUGAAACGAUAGAAGAUUAUUUAAUCGGUUUACGUUGGAUAGCAAAACAAUUAGAAGCGAUUCAUUUAAACAGAAGCAGUAGACAGAAACAAAUUCAUUUGUCCUUUUAUUUAUCUGCUGCUGUCUCCGAUUAUUAUUUAAAUAGAGAAUAUCGUCCAGAGCAUAAAAUACAAACAAAAUCAAUGUUAUCCACUACUGCUAAGAGUAGUGAUGAUUAUUUAGACAAAUCUUUAUCAACAAUAGAAGAUUUACAUUUAUCAUUACAACCAGUACCUAAAGUUAUGAAAUUACUCACUACAUUAUGGUCACCUUCUUCAUAUGUUAUUAGUUUUAAACUUGAAACAGAUCAUCGACUGUUAUUAGUUAAAGCAAAACAAUCCCUUGAAAUGUACAAUCCCAAUGUGAUAGUUGCUAAUCUUUUACAAACCAGAUCAAAAGAAGUAUGGUUAGUAUUUAAACAGAACAAUACACAGGACAUAAUUGUUGAACAUAUAAAUAUGGAGAAUAAUAUUGAUGAAAUUAAUAAACGGCAAAUCAUAUCACAAGAAAUUGAAUCUAUUCUAAUUCCUCGAUUGAUACAACUUCAUGAACAAACAAUUGAUCGAACUAUUAUUAAAUAACAUUUGUAACCUUUGUAUGAUGAUAAUCUACUCAGUUUUAUUAUUCCUUUGAAAUAAAAUCUAAUUGUAUAUUAGUAAUUUAUUUAUCGGUUGGAUUUGAAAUGGGGAUAGAACCAACAACAAAAAAGAGGGAAGACAAAUGAUAAAUCUAUGUUAUAUUUUUUUAUUACAAAACAUAGGUAUAUAUGACC